GAAACGAACAACACCAACCGUCGUACAAGAAAGCAGCAUGCCCAAGGUGACGCUGGUCGGCGCGACGUGCGUCGUCUCGGUCGCGGCCGUCGCCGCCAACGCCGUGACACUGCCGCUGCGCGCGCUCGUCAUCAGUUCCCGCGCGCUCCUCGAUACGCCGCCCGCGCUUCUUGUGCUGGACUACGCCUUUGAUGCAAUCAUGCUGCUUAUCUCUCUCGUGCAGCUGCUGCGCCGGUCGCCGCACCGCCACCGGUGGCUCGAGCUGCUCGCGUUCGUGCCCUUUGACGUGGCUGUGGCGCUCGCGGGAUACGAAGGCAAUUUUGGCUUCUUUCGGCUCAACCAUGUGCUCGCGAUCGUCCCGCUCUGGCGCAACUUGCGCAUCGCCGAGGGGUACUUCUGGCGGCUCUCGGUGCAGAAGCGGCGAACGCUCUACAUCCUCCUCAUCUUGCCGAUGGCGUCGCACUGGUGCGGCUGCUUUUGGUUCUACGUCGCGUACCUCGAGCGGCAUCACGACCACAUGUGGAUCAAUGCGUCGUUGCACAAGCAAUUUUACAACGACUCGACGACGCGCAUGUACCUCCGGUCGGUCUACUGGGGCGCGACGAUGCUCACGACCGUCGGGUUUGGCGACGUGACGGCCGUGACCUUCCCCGAGACCAUCUAUGCGAUUAUGGUCAUUUACAUCGGCAUCUUUGUGUCGUGCGCCUCGAUCGCGUCGGUGGUCAAGCUCAUGGAGCACGCAGAUCGGAACGAAAUGGCGCUGCAAGAGAUGCUCGACGAUGUCUGCGGCUACCUCGAAUGGCGCGGCGCGUCCAUCGAGCUCCAAGACCGCGCGCUCGUGGCGGCAAAGGCCGCGUUUGUGCCCGAGCUCAACGCGACCGGGGCCGAGCUCGAGACGACGCUGCCGUACGCGCUCCGGUCGCGUCUCCAGAUCGAACGAGAGGAGGCGAUUCUGCACGGCGUCCCGCGCUUUCACCACUUUAGCAAAAGUUUGCGGCAAGCCAUCUCCGAGCAAGUGGUCUACGUCAACAAGGCGCCCGGCGACGUUCUCCUACUGGCCGACGCGCCGCUCGACGGCCUCUACUUCUUGCGCAUGGGCGCGGCCGAGUUUCGAUCGUCGGACGACGCGGUCUUGCGCACGCUGCGCGCCGGCGAUUUUUUCGGCGACCAAUCGCUCUUCCAGAAGGGCGACUGCGUCCCGUUCACGGUCGUCUGCACCGCGCCAAGCGAGUUUGUGUUCUUAUCAGCGCGCAAAUUCCGGGAAGUCGUCGCCACCGAGCACGCUGUGCAAGGUCUCGACGACGAUGACGAGAUGUGGACGAAAGAGGGCGACAUCCUCAUGCAGCACGAGAGCAGCAGCUCGAGCGCCCGGAAUGGUCGUCGCCGCCGGUGCCGCCUCAACGCGUCCGACUACUUGCCCAACUCGAUGUUUCGGCGUGUCUGGACGCUUCUCUCGCUUCUCGGACUGCUCUACAAUGUGUAUGCUGUGCCCCGAGACUGUGCGUUCUUCCAGUCCCACAACCGGUUUGAGAACCUCGACCACGAAGCCAUGGCCAACCUCCUCAUCUUCUGGUGCUUUGACAUCUUCUUUGCGACCGACUUCUACCUCCAUUGCACGCGCUUUGCCGUCGAACACGAUGGAACGAUCGUCACGGAGCGCCGCAAGAUCCGCAACCUCUUCCUGCGCUCUGGGUGGUUUUGGGUCGACGCCGUCUCGAUCUUACCCCUCGACGCGCUCGGGCUCGUGAGCGGCAUGCGGGAUCUCCCCUUCUACCGCCUCAACAAGAUUCUGCGCUUCUUGCACUUGAUCGAGUACUUUCAGGUCGCCGAGGCCAUGCUGCUCUCGCGCUUCCACAUCCACGUGUUUGCCCGCCGCAUCCUUCGUAUUCUCUCCAUUCUUGUGCUCUCGGGGUACAUUGUCGGGUGUUUCUGGUACUAUGUCGCCCAAGUCACGAGCGACGCGUACGGUGGCGCGACGUGGGUCGCGAUGGACCAAGGCAACGACGACUACUACUUCCAAACGUACGCGCACAACCGGUUGUACAUCAUCCGGUCCAUGUACUUUGGGUACAUUGGCGGCUCGACGCUUGGGUUUGGCGAUAUUGUGCCCGUCAACCCGUACGAAACCUUGGUGGCGACCAUCAUGCUGCUCUACGGUGCGAUCAUCAAGCCAGCGCUCGUCGGGUCGGUCGCGUCGCUGCUCUUGACGCGCAACAAGGCCAAGCUCUCGCAGCAAAAGACACUGAUUGGGUUCAAGUGGCUCGUCACUGCACACAAGCUCCCAAAGGUGCUCAAAGAGCGCGUCCUCAUGUAUUUUGAGUUUAUGUGGGACCACGAGUAUUAUGAGAAGGAGACUGCCAUUCUGAGCGUCCUCUCACCUCUGCGUUGGGAGAUCAUGCGCAGUAUGUGCCGCAACGGCCACCCCAAAGCGUGGUUCUUUGGCCACAUCAACGACGACGGCAUGCGCCAGAUCUACGCUCUCUUGGAGCCGCAGCUGUACAUGCCCCACGCCACCGUGAGUUUGCCGGAAGGGGCGCUCGGCAUCCUCAACACGGGCACGCUCUUCCGCGCGUCGUCGAACGAGCGCCACGAGAUAUUUGAAGAAGGCUCGCUGCGCCUCCGCACCUUUGGCAUCGAGUGCUUUGUGCAGCAUGGCAUGCCAGAGGCGGACGCGCAGGCACUCCGGGAGACGCACGCGUUCUCGUACGAGACGGACGACCUCUUUUGCGAGGUGCUCCUGCUGCGUGCGCCGGGCGUCGAGGCGAUUCUGGCACCGGCCGGGCAGUGGGCCCCGCUGCUGCGCGACAUGCUGCUGCACUUACACGGUGACGACGCCGAGGCCAUCGCACUGAGUAUUCAAACCGCACCUAUGCCCGAGGACGCUACGAACGACGACGGUGAAGCGCCGGUGCCCGCCAAGUACAAGCCAUCCCAUGUAGUGCCCAGUGGGAGUCCAAAGCGCAACUCGCCAACGCGCCGGAAACGCGCCGCGCUCAAGCUCAUGAUCAAGUCGGCGGCGGCCAAAGAAAAGGACUUGCUGCGGUCGAGCCGAUUCCACCCAAAAUCGCGCUUCCGGAAGGUGCUCUCGGUGCUCGUUGUCCUCGCGCUUCUCUACAAUGCGUUCCUUGUACCAUUCCGGCUCGCGUUCUUCUCGUCCUUGCAGCCGCCGUCGUACCUCUACGGCUUUAUCGUCGACUACGUACUCGACGUGCUCUUUGUACUCGAUGUGAUUGCCAAGUACAAGUUCAAGCUCAUGAGUCUCCGCCUCGAAGGAGCGACGCGCCGACUGCACUGGACCGUCUUUGCAGCCCUGAAAUGGGACAUUGUGUGUGCGCUGCCCAUGGAGCUCUGCUUUCUCGGGCUCCUCGCCAACCGCCCGGACCUCGUUGUCGCGAUUCUCACGAUUUGCCGGCUUCCCAAGGUCGUUCGGCUCCGGUACUUUGUCGUCCGCAUUCGGGAGCUCGCCAAUACGGCCGUCCGCGCCCGUCCGCAGCUCAACGACCUCGUGGUCGCGUGCCGGUACUUUCUCUUCAUUCUCUUCUUCUCGCACUUGCUGGCGUGUGCGUGGCACUACCUGGCGUUUGCCGACAAGGGCAUUCUGCCGUGGUCCGAAAAUUGCAACUUGCUUGACAACACCCACGUCAACGACGGCUUGAAUCCUGGCAACGUCACGCUGCGGGCCCGUUGCCUCUUUGACGGCACGUGGAUCGAGUACCAAAUGAAAGGCGGGUACCUCCCGCCCGACGGCGGCACGAUCUGGGAGCGCUACUCGCGCUGCUUCAACUUUGGCAUCCAGAUGCUCCUCGUCGUCUCGAGCGGCAUCAUUGUGCCCGUCAACAUGGUCGAGACGUUCUUUUGCAUCAUUGCGAUCUUCGCCGGCAUCUUCUUUAGCGCCGGCAAGAUUGGCGUCAUUGGUGAAAUCGCGCUCAAGGUGGACUCGCUCUCGGCGUCGAUCCGCCAAAGCACAGACGCGCUCAGCAAGUACAUGGAGUUCCAUGAGACGCCACGAGAGCUCAAGGACCGAGCACUUGGCUUCAUGGAGUACCUUUAUCGGAAGCGCAACAAAAUCCUCUUUCAAGAAGAAGAGGUUGUCACCAUGUUGCCGCAGCAGCUCCAAGACGACAUCCUCGCCCACUGCAAGCGCGACCGGCUCUCGCUCUCGCCGCUCUUUGCGUCGGUGCCGGACGAUGCGCGCAGCGCGGUGGCUGCCGCCAUGCGCCACAAGUACUAUGCACCGAGUGACGUCGUCGCGACCGCCGGCCGCCAUACAGGCGCCAUGUUCUUCGUCAAGCCCGGUAGCUGCCAGUACCUCGACCCGACGAUUCCGUCGAGCGAGAGCAAGCGGCUGAGCGCGUUUGGCGCGCGGAGCCUCCUCUUUGACGAGCCGCAAGAGCACUCGAUCUGCGCGUGCACGUUUACCGAAGUGUACGUCCUUCGGCAAGCAGGUCUUGAGUCGCUCGAUGCUUUGUUUCCUUAUCUGCGCGGGUUUUUGGAGUCGGCGCUCGCGACCGAGGUCGACGUGGCGGUCGACGCCACCGACGCGCUCUCCAACCACGUUCCGGACGACGACCCGGACGAGCCGACGCUUCCGACCGCGCCGCAGAGUUGGCGCGUGCCCGACUCGCAUUUUCGCCGGUUCUGGGAUGCGCUCUUGUUUUGGACAACGCUGUACGUGCUCGUGAUGCUGCCGCUGCGUGCGAGCUACCUCGUCGAGACGCGCUUCACCGGGUUGUAUGAGCUCACGGCCUGGUACCUCGGUGACGUGCUUGCGAUCUUGCUAUAUGCACUCGAUACGUACUUGAGCUUUGACCACUUUGUCUUCAUGGACCACUCGAAAAUGAUCUUCAACCGCAUGCGGAUCCGCGAGAAUUACCGACCGUACCUUGCGCUGGACUUUGUCACGAUCGGUCCAUACUACCUGCUCGCGCUGCAUCUUGGUGUCCCAAGCCUCAAGUUUCUCAUGAUGCCGCUCUUGCUGCGGGCGAAGCGCUUUCCGCGCUACCUGCGCCGCUUCUCGCGCAACUUUCAAUACUACUUUUGCCGGCUCAGCGGCAGCGUGAUCCACAUUCUGCACUGCAUCCUCUACUACGUCGUCAUGGUGCACUGGUGGGCGUGCAUCUGGAUGUUCCUCCAUCGCUACGUCGAGGUCCACUCGCCGCUCACAUGGGCCGUCCGGGACCCGUACAUGGGCGGCGGCGCGCUCUCGAAAUGGAACGCCACGUCCCAGACACACGACAUUUGCCGGAGCAUGGUUGCCUGCUAUGCGCGGGCGUACUACUUUGUGAUCUCGUUUGUGGGCACGAUUGGCCUCGGCGACGUGGUUACGGGCGGCCACCUCGAGUACUUGUUCGAGGACAUUGAAGCGCUCUUUGGGUCCUUCUUCUUUGCCGCGCUCACGUCGUGCUUUGCCACGUAUUUUCAAUUUGCCGAUACGUAUGGAAAAGGCGCGACGCAGGCCAAGCUCAGCGGCCUCGCCAGCUACUUUCGCGCGGCGCACACCACCAAGCCCACAGCACGCGCGAUCGUCGCCAACACCAAGCUCUGGUGUCUCCGCAGCGGCAGCCUCGUCGAAAAGUCGGUCGCGACCUUGCUGCCCAUCCCGCUACGCAUCGAGCUCGCGAACCAUGUGCAGCGCGCGCUCCUCGAGACGUCGCCGUUCCUCCAGGCGUCCGACGUCUACGUGCGCCACAAGCUCGUGCUUGCCCUCCAUUUUCAAGUCGUGUGCGCCUCCGCGACGCUCUAUGGGCUUGGCGGCCCGCUCGACGAAGUCGCCUUCGUGCACAGCGGUGAGCUCAAGCUAGCGGAAGCGCCGUCUGUGCGAGGCACCGUCGGCUGCCACGUCGGGGCAGGUGUGGCCGGCGCCUGCCUCCACACGGUCGUCGCCGUCUCGCACCUCGAGCUGUACGUGCUCGACGCCAACGGCAAAGCCGACGUCUUGGAGGCGAUUGCGGCGCCGCACCGCGAGAGCUUCCUCGCGUCGCUCGACGCUGCGUCCUUGCACCAUACACUCGCCCAUGCGCACGGCGGCCUCUCGCGCCAGCAUGCGCGGGUCGGCGCCUCGGACGACGAAGAGGACGAGGAUGAGGACGAGGAUGCAGAGAACCCGGACGAGCUCCCAGCGUGGCUCGCGCUGCCGCAAUCGUUCUUUAAGUGAUGCGAACGUUGUUACUUCGGCAUUACGCAGAGUUGCCGGCCACUGACGACGCUCCAGCGCCGUCUUUGGCCGCGGAUUACUCACCCUUCUCGGCCCCGCGUUGUCGCACGCAGAGAAUGAUGGCCACCCAAUGCAUACAUUGUCAAUGACACGCGCCGCCUCUCGCCCGUCGACGGGGCGUCGGCCAUGGCUGGUUGUACCGAGG